AGGCUUGGCGUGGCGGGGCCCCUCCGGCCCUGGCGCUGCGGCAGCCUCGUCCUCCCGGAGCAGCCCGCGGGUGGCCGAGGAGGAGCCGCUCUCUAGAGUAAAGCAACGCCUCUGCGCAAAAAGCAGCAGCCGCCGCGCGCAGGAGGUGCGAAGGGGAGGGGCACGCGGGCUGGGGGGGGGGCGGCCGCCCGCCGGGUGCGCGGACGGAGCAGCCGCUGGGAACCGCUGGAGCCCCGCUGGCUCUCCCGGCCCCUCCUGCCUCUGUCCUCUCCCCGCCCGCGUGUGUUUUUCAUUGCCCGCCGGAGUCGUGUGCACGAGAAGAAGGGGGCUCGUCAGCCGGCCGCGAGCAGCUCCAGCCCACAAGCAGGGCCUGGCUGGCUGCAGACCACGGGGCGGCUGCUGCUGCUGCUGCACACGCGGCACUCUCGCUCUCUCCCGCUCGGGGGGGCCGCCCUCUCUCGCUCGCUCCCCCGGCUGGAGCUCUGCACUGCAAGCCGCUUGCGCUUGGAGCGACUUGGCGGCGGCGGCGGCGAGACGUUGCUCCCGGGAGGACGUCAAGCGCUCGGGCCCCCGGAGAGAAGCCGGUGCCGCCGCAGCAGCAGCAGCCCGCCCCGAAGGCAGCUCUGGGCCAGCCGGAGAGGAACUGCGCAGGCCCCGGAGACCUUUCGCCCCUGGCUGGGAGGUCAGACUCCCGGAGGGCGAGAGGUCUGCUGCGGGCAGGGAAUGACAGGCAUAAUAGCGCAGAGGCGGCGCGAUCGGGGGGCCGCCGCUUUCCCGGGCCAGAGCGGGCUCUGCCUGCUGGUGGGCCGCCUCGCUGGGCCGCCGCCGCCGCCUUCAGAAGUUCCCCAGCGGGAGCCGCCGCCGCCGCCGCCUUCUGCCGCUGCGGCUGCUGCUCCUGCAACGGGGCAGAACUUGGCAACACUCGGGAGCCCAAAGUCUCCGCGCUCUUUCCUGCAGCAGUCCGCGGAGGGUCGCUGGUGCGGGGCCCUCCCGGGUGGACACUGGCGCUGCCGCUGAGAAGGUAACUUCCCCCCGAAUCGACAACAAGCCCUAUCAAGUGACUGCCUUGCCCGCUGGGGCUGGGGGGUUCUCGAAAUCCCCCCUCCCGGAUUGAUCCAGAGACCUUGCGACUCUUGUGCUGCGCCAAUGCGUGUUCUGCCCUUCCCAAGAGGGAGGCCUUUCCCGAAGCCUGCUGGAGAAGCGGCAGCUGCCAAGUGGGGUGCUGACCUGCUCAGACUUCCCCCACCUUAACGAGAGUUGAUGCCAUUGGCACCUCCAGAGAAGCCCUUCCUGCCUCAGGAGGAGGGCGCUGGCUGGGUGCAGGAGGGUCUUGGCACCCGGGCAUAACCAGCAGUGCUGCAGAGGGCCCCUCGCCUCUCCCUCGCUGGUCCCAGAGUCCAGCCUCCGUGGGUGGGGGGGGGAGAGGUCACGAUGGACCCCGGGAUGGACCCUGCUUUCCCGGACGUCCGCUUGAGCGGCUACCUGCGCAAGCAGAAGUCCCAGCACCGCCGCUACUUUGUGCUGCGCUGUGCCAGCGAGCGGGGGCCGGCCCGCCUCGAGUACUAUGAGAACGAGAAGAAGUUCCGUGCAGACGGCCUGGGCGCCCGCCCCAAGAAGACCUUCCCCUUGGCCAGCGCGCUCAACAUCAACAAGCGUGCGGACGCCCGGCACAGGCACCUGAUUGUCUUGUACGGGCGCGAGGGCACCUUCGGUGUGGCCGCGGAGAACGGAGAGCAGCAGCAGCUGUGGUACGCAGCCAUGGUGGAGCUGCAUUGCAAGGGGAAAGCGCCCUCCUCGGGUGGCGUCAGGGAGGCGGUGGCGCCCGGCCUGGCCUUCAAGGAGGUCUGGCAGGUCAGCCUGCGGCCCAGAGGUUUGGGGCACACCAGGAACCUGGCGGGGACCUACCUCCUGUGCCUGACGGAGAAGACCAUCAACUUCGUGAAGCUGAACUGUGACGUGGCCGCUGUCGUCCUGCAGCUGCUCAGCGUCCGGCGCUGCGGCCACUCGGAGAACUACUUCUUCAUGGAGGUGGGGCGCUCGGCCGCGACCGGCCCCGGGGAGCUGUGGAUGCAGGUCGAGGACCUGGUGGUGGCCCAGAACAUGCACGAGACCAUCUUGGAGGCCAUGAAGGCCCUGAGCGAGGAGUUCCGGGUGCGGGGCAGAAGCCAGGCCCUGGGGGUCUCCUCCUCCACCCCCAUCUCCGUGCCCCUCGGCAACCCGCCAGCCAGCCAAGGGGCCUGCCCCUGGAGGCCCCACCCAGACGGGACGCCCUGCUUGGGCUGGAGCCCCAGGCCCCCGGGGCAGAAGGCCGCGGGGGCCAGCAAGCCGGACUCCUUGAGCGAUUAUAGCGCCCCCUCAUCGGACGAGGGGGGCUCCAGCCCGGGGGACUCUCGGCCCCCCGGCACUCCUGACCCGCUGAGUUUCCUGGGGGCUGGAGGAGAGCUGGACUACAUCUCCAUGGGCAAGCUGGCCUCCCCGGACAACGCCCACUGCCUGGCCAAGUGGGCGCUGGGCUCAGAGCCCCACAAGCGAGCUUCUCUGCCUCCCCUGACGCUGGACAAGGACGGGCCCGGCCUGCCCCGAGCCGGGCAACCCAAGCUCCAGCCCGCCGUGGUCUGGGCCAGCUACCCCGAGGGGCUGAACCUCCGCGGGGCGGAUCCUGGCUACAUGGCCAUGCUGCCCGGCGUCGCCAUGAGCGCGGAGGAGGAGCGGGACUAUGUCCCCAUGAGCCCGGGCAGUGUCUCCCCGCCCCGCGAAAGCGGCGGCUACAUGCUGAUGUCCCCCAGCGAGGGCUGCUCCCCGGACGGGCACGGCCCCUGGGUGCCGGCCCGCGGAGGAGGCCGCUCUCUGGGCAGUGACUACAUGAACAUGUCCCCCAUCAGCCGCUCGGCCUCCAGCACCCCGCCGGAGUACAGCCCCCUGCAGGCCAUGCCCGGCGGGGCGGCCUUCUGCUCCCUGCCCCGCUCCUACGGGCGCCACGCCCCCCGGGCGCUCCCCUGCCCCUUCCACCCGGGGCGCCUCUCCUGCUCCUCUUCCACCAGCUCCGAGAGCCUGGAGGAGCUGGUGGGCCUCCCGGCGCGGCGGCCCCUUGGCCUGCUCGUGGACCCACCCGGAGGGGGCCAGGAGGUGCUGGCCGCAGCCCGGAGCCCCGGGGACCACGUCAGCAUCGAGCACCACUCCCGAGGAGGGGCCGACGACGUCAGCCUGCUGGACCUGCCAGCCGCCCCGGCCCAGUCGCCCGGCUGCUACGCGGAGGUGGCGCCGGGUGCCCCGCUGGUGCGGGCAGAGCCCCACGCGAGGAGGCGCCACGGCGCGGAGACCUUCCCCGAGGCGGAGAGGAAUGGGGCGCUGCUGCCCCCCGAGGCCCAGGCGGACCUGGGGCUGAACUACAUUGACCUGGACCUGGCGAAGGAGCCGGCCCCUGCCCUGCGCCCCUUGGCCGGCCCUGCCCAAGGGGGCCCUCCGCACCCCUACGCCCGCAUCGACUUCCAUCGCUCGGGGGAGCUCCGGGGGGGCCAUGCAGACUCCGAGGGAGCAGAGUCCUGAUCCGAUCCAGAAGUGGAGCAGCCCCCUCCCCAUCGCCACCGCCUCCGCCUCCGCCUCGUGGGUCUUGAUCCAGCCAAUCUUCUUUGCUCCCCCCCCCUCCAUCACAGCGUGGGGUGUGGCUAUGCCAAGUGCCUUUUCGGAUCGCGGCCUUCUUUUCCUGCAGGGCGGGGUGCUCUGGCUCCACGGAGGCCUCGCCCAAGAGACACCAAAGAGGACUCUGCUCUGUGGGCUACGGGGGGGGGGAGUGUUCUGUCUGUGUCCAGCUGCCCCCCCCCCCAGGGCCAGGGCAUGCUGCUUGGGUUUCGGAGAAGUGGGAGGGAUGGUCCCAGGACCAGAUGCUGCUCCUUGUGCUUUCUUUCGGAACCCGACCUUUGCUGCUCGCAACCCUGGCUCCGAAGCCGCGUGUUUCACACCCGUGGCCCUGCCUUGGUGUCUCCCCCUCCCCAGCGCUGUCCCCACCUGACUCAAGUGCCUGCGUUCUCCCCUCCCCACCACCCCCCACACCCACCUCAGACCCACAGGGUCUCUCUCCUCCAAGCCAAAUGGUCAGCGCUCCCUCCUCCGCCCUGCUUUCAGGGCAGUGGGGGGCAGAGGGAGCCCCCCCCAUUCCUGCUCUGGAAGAAGAGGGCCCUCCUGCUGCCCUGGCCCUGCGCUGCCUUGGGGGCCCCGAAUCCCCUCUCCUCCUGCCCCAGCUGUUCAAAAGGGAACCGUUUGCCUCUCUGCUGUUUGGAAAUAAAAGACCUUCUCAGAA